GCCAAGCCGUUUCCCUCCCUGUCCCAAUUCCUGACUCCCUUUUUCUACAGAGAGGACCUCCAAUCGAUCCCUCUCCAAGUCGACAACUUCAUCCUCAGCUUCAUCCUAGGUGAGCAAGAGUGGCAAAAAGAAAUGGACAUUAGUUGAGGAUGCAGUCCUCAUCUCUUGCAUGAUUGACCUACGGAAUAUGGGCACCCACAAUGCCGACACAGGGUUUAAAUCUGGCUACUUGCUAGAACUUGAGAAAAUGCUAUUGGAAAAGCUCUCGAAUUGUGGUAUUAAGGCGAGACCUCACAUUGAAUCUCGAUUGAAGACACUGAAGAGGGAAUGGGCUAUCGUGUAUGAUAUGAUGCUUAAUACAAGUGGCUUUGGAUGGGACUCAACAUGGAAGAUGGUCACGGCGGAAGACGAUGUCUGGGAGACUUAUGUAGCGACUCACAAAGAAGCUGCUCCAUUUAGACUGAGAAGUUUUCCCCAUUUCGAAGAAUUAUCUAUGAUAUAUGCGAAGGAUCGAGCUACUGGAAAAGAUGUUCAAGCUGUUGAAGAUAUUCUACAAGAGCUCGAGAUUGAAGAUUUAACUGGAGUAGCCAAAGAAGUAGAUGUGAAUCAUUCAAACCCAAAUGAAUAUGCCAAUGGCAAUGCCAAUACCCCUACAUCGGGAGAUGUUUCGCGUGCUCAUCAACCACCUACAGAUGCAAUGGCAAGUGCUUCUUCGAGAAAAAAAAGGAAAAAUGGUGAAUCUGACUUCUGCACAAUUUCUCAGAACUUGAAUACAAUGGCAACCGAAAUGAAAGAAGCUUGCAUGAUGAUCUCAAAGAGUGUUCACUCGGACAUUUAUCAAGAGAAGUUCCUUGAACUUCCGAGAGCUCUUCGUACUGUUGAUGGUCUGACUUCAGCACAAGUUCGCAUGGCUAUUCAAAAGUUCGGUAACCAUUCGAAUUAUAUUCUACUUUUCUUUGGUACCGAGCCAGAAUAUCGCUUGGAAAUGGUGCAGGAUUUCCUUGCGAAUCGCUGAAGCAAGACAACAAGGUAAACUUGUUCGUGGAGUUUUUUGGGAAAUUGCUACAUUGUUCGUGGAGUUUUUUGGGAAAUUGGUGUUAGAGUAAAAAUGAAAUUGUAGCUAUAUCGUGUUUGGAUAAAAGGUUGAUAUGUAGCUAUAUUGGGAUGAACAUUGCACUGUAUCUGUUUCUCAUCAUAU